UUUUCUUUCCUUACAGAACGUCAGGAUCGACCCCAGCAGCAUCUCCUUCCAAAUGUGGAAAGAGAUCCCUGUUCCUUUCUACUUGACAGUGCAUUUCUUCGAAGUGCUGAACCCCCAGCAGGUCCUCCAGGGAGCAAAGCCGGUGCUGAGCCAGCGUGGACCCUACGUGUACAGGGAGUACAGGCAUAAAACAAAUAUCACAUUCAAUGACAACGAUACCGUUUCCUACCUGGAGUACCGGAACCUUUUCUUCCAGCCACACUUGUCCAAUGGCACGGAAGACGAGUACAUUGUUGUGCCAAACAUUUUGAUGAUGGGAGCAGCUGUGAUGAUGGAAAAUCUGCCAAAGUUUUUUAAGAUUUUACUGAGUGGAGCCCUGGCUGGCCUGAAACAGAAAGCGUUCAUGAACCGGACGGUGGGGGAGAUCAUGUGGGGGUAUGAAGACCCCCUCAUAGACGCGAUAAAUAUGAUUGUUCCUGGCCUGAUGCCUUUCAAGGGGAAGUUUGGACUAUUCAUAGAUUUCAACAACUCCAAUUCAGGACUGUUCACAGUAAACACAGGCAUGAAGAACAUCAGUCAAGUUCACAUGGUGGAUUCGUGGAAUGGGCUAAAGAAGGUGAACUACUGGCGCAGCAGCCAGUGCAACAUGAUCAAUGGGACAGCAGGGGAGAUGUGGCCACCGUUCAUGUCCCCCACCUCCCUGGAGUUCUACAGCCCUGAUGCCUGCAGAUCCAUGACACUGGUGUACGAGCAGUCUGGGGAGUUCAAGGGUGUGCCCACCUAUCGCUUUGUGGCGCCGAAAACCCUCUUUGCCAACGGCACAGACUAUCCACCCAACGAGGGCUUCUGCCCCUGCAUGCAGUCUGGCAUCCAGAACGUCAGCUCCUGUAGGCUCAAUGCACCGAUGUUCAUUUCCCACCCUCACUUCUACAACGCUGACCCGUCCCUGGUGAGCGCAGUGGAAGGCCUGCACCCCAGCAAGGAGCAGCACGGGCUUUUCCUCGAUGUGCACCCUAUGACAGGCAUCCCCAUGAAUUGCUCCAUCAAGCUCCAGCUGAACCUGUACAUAAAGGAGGUGUCUCAUAUAAUUCAAACAGGGAAGAUUAAGCCAGUGGUCCUGCCGCUGCUGUGGUUUGCAGAGAGCGGAUCCAUCGAAGGCUCAGUCCUGAAGCAGUUUUACACCAACCUGGUGCUGCUCCCGUCGGUGCUGGACUACCUGCAGUACAUCUUCCUUGGGCUGAGUGUCCCACUCAUUACUGCAGCAGCUGUGCUCAUGGCAAUGAGUAAGAGAAGCACCACGGAGAAGAGCCCCCGGCCCCUCGGCACGCAGAGCAAGCCUCUCUCCUCCGAGACCACGCCGCUCCUGCAUGACACCGACACCCUGAGCUAGGAUGGUGUCAUGGCCUGAGCCUUGCCCUGCACUGGGACACGCUGCCCACUGGGACUCAUUUCCCACUGGGACUCAUUUCCCACUGGGACACGCUUCCCACUGGGACACGCUUCCCACUGGGACACAGCCACGCUGCAGGUGACACCUGCUUCGGAUCCCCAGAGCUCUCUGGAAGGUGAAACCCUGGACAGCUCGGCAGAGAGCCUGCACAGCCAUGGGAUAAUCCUGCUGCUCAGCAUUCCUGCUCAUCCAGAAACCUCAACCCUUGUCCCCAAGGGCCUGCCUGAGCCACGGCCCUUCUCUCCGGUGGAAUGAAGAUGGUUGCUGACUGAUCCGAGAAGUUAUUUGCAAUUUAAAACUGCCUAUUGCUAGGGAUAAAAGGCACUUUAAUGGGAGCCUUUAAAAUAAAUGAGGUUUGUAUAGGUAGCACUGAUGGGAUUUAGUGAUCUUUUUAAAAGCCACUGUUCAUCUCACCAAAUGGGGCACGCUGUCCUGGAGCCACUCACAGUUUUAUUGCCACUUGAUGUAACUGGACUACACUGCAAAUCAUUUCUAGGUGCUGUCACUUCAGUGAUGUCUCUUCCCACAGUAGCUGGAGCCUGCCUGGGGUUGCUCCAGCCUUUGCAUGUGUUGGAGAGUAUUGGUGACUUCUAAAGCCCCAGUUCUGUGCCAUGACCUUGUGCUCCACAGCGAUUCCAGCUCACAGCCCUGUUACCUAAUCUCUCCUGGCUGGGGGUGACAAGGUGAGCCUUGGCAGGAGCUCGGUGGCACAUCUGAGCUGUCACUCAGCUCCUGGCAGUUGUCCCUGCUCAGCCAGAGCUUCUGGCCAUGGCCAUUGGCACUGGGAGGCCAUCAGUGGCUCUGGUCACACUGUCUGACCACAGGAAGGGGGAGGCUUGACCCUUAGGUCCUUCUGUUAACAAAGAUAUUUGUGCUUUUGAGGAGGGAUGUGUGCAAACAUGAAAGUAACAAUGGCCUUAAGAAGAAUUUGAUUAAAGUAUUGCAGAUUUCUGAA